GAUCCGACAUUUGCGCCAAGGAUACAUUUGUAAACUGAGGAUUUUGACUGAGUAACUUUUACUUUAUACGUCGUCACAGUGAUAUGUAUACUGGAGAGAGAACUAUAUGUGAUUGCAUCAUGAUAUACGAACAAAAAUACAAGUGAUAAGAUACUGUUGGUGGAGUGGUAAGAGAGAAAUCAGGAGAUAAAUGAGCGACUCUGACUGGUCUCUGAGCUGAACGUUGAAGUACAAGGAGGAAAGACAUAAUACAUUAUUGCCAUGCAUUAAUUCCCUGUCCGACCAUUAGUGACGUUGAGAAGGCAAGACCAUGACUUCCUUGGAAUACGACGUGGAUUCCAUGGGUGGGCUUAUGCCGCAAAUCCUAGCCCUGACGGCACCACCAGGAAGUCGUGAUCCAAACAGACAGCAGAAUAGUAGUUCUGCAGGUCCAGGCAGAGAAGGCCUUGCAGCACACCCAUACUUUCGACGGCCAGGUCGUGGCCAUAACCACGAUUCGUGUGAUGCUUGCGGUGAAGGUGGAGAUUUGAUUUGUUGCGAUGUGUGUCCAGCAUCUUUUCAUCUUACCUGCCAUGAUCCCCCCUUAGAAGAGGAGGAAAUCCCAAUAGGACAAUGGGCGUGUCAUCAGUGUAGAGUGUCUGGGCCGGAUGACGACAGAACAUCAGUGUCAAGUGGCAAGUCAAACAAAAGCUCCAAAGGUGUCAAAAGGAAAGACAAGGAAGAUGAUAAACCAUCAUCAUCCACUUCAGCCUCAGGGAAGUCAGAGGCAAGCGAGAAGAAUGAGAAGAGGGUGUGCGCAGGAGGAAGGGAGUUUGAGAUUUCUGACUCCCCCCUGUUUACGCUUAUCAAAGCUGCGGCUACUGUGAACCCCAAACAGUUCACCUUGCCCUAUGAGAUGACUUUACCUGUGUGCUUCCCAGGUGAACCUAAAAAUUCAGGAAAGAAUAAUGGAAACCGAAGAGGAGCACAGAAAAAAAAGUCUCAUGAGCUUGACAAUGGCCUUGUCCCUCUGCCUGCUAAGCUCUGUUUUCAGUGCAACAAGAGCUGUCGAAUAGGUCCACUUGUUCCAUGUGACUAUUGUCCACUCUUCUUCCAUCUGGACUGUGUAGACCCUCCACUCACAACCCCACCCACAGGAAAAUGGAUGUGUCCAAAUCACCCAGAACAUUUCAUGGACUCAACACUUUUAACAUCUCAUAGUCUGAGUGAAAGAGUUAAACUCUGGGAUAAGUUUAGCUCCCCGCUUGACCAAGACACUGUUCGACUGGGCUUCCUGCAGCGUUGUCACAGACAGAACCCUCCCUUCCGGUACAAAGUAAAGCGUGCCCUCAGGUCUAGAAUACGAGUGCCACAAGCAGUGAGAGACCAGUAUAGGGAACCCCCCGAUCUCCUUCCUCACUAUGGUCCUCCACAACACCUCCUUCCUCCUCUUAUUGACCAUGAUCUAGGCUCUUCCACUACUGCUAUGCCAUCCCUAACAACCACUACAGCUACAUCCACUACCUCUGCCUCCACACUGCCCAUGGAGACCUGGCGGGAUGUAGAGAUAAAAGAAGAGCCUGUAGAGGGCUCUGACAUUAGCCAAGAAUCAAAGGAGGCUGUGGAAGCUGAAAUCAAAGAGGAAGAUAAACGAAAUGGGGAAGAUGAGAGAAAAAGACCCACAAAAGAAGAGAUGGAUGAGUGGUUGGCAGGAUUAUUAUGUUUACAAGCCAGUAUUGUUAAGCAUAUGGCCAAUAAUUCCUCGUGUUCAAAUUCUCCAAACAAAACACCUGAAAAACAAAGAGAACUUAAUGGACCUCCCAGUAUAGGAAAUAGUAUGGACAAUUCCCCUCCAUUAGAAAGGCCAGGUUGUAUGAAUGGGGACUUAACUUCCCAUGAUUUAAGCACCAAGCACAGCAAGUUUACUGAUAACAGAAGAAAGCAGCAAGCUGUUAUAAACAGCAGUUUCCAGCCUCCUCCAACUUACCUGCCAGCAAAGAAAGGCAUAUUAAAAAAUCAAAAAGGAAAAACUAUCACAAGUGCAGGUGUAAAAACCCCAAGACAGAGAAAGCAGACUGCUUCUGAAAUUUUAUCAGAAACUUUAACAAACUUGGCAUCAUCUCUACAAAACUCUAUCACCAAUAAGCAAGGGAUUAAUCAUCAAAAUCAGCAGAAAUUGUGUAUGCACUUAGCAACUUUCAUAUUGCUUUUUCCUUCAUCUGUUGACUUUGGCUUUAAACUCCUUACUUUGAUUAUUUGGAAAUAA